AUGAGUGCAUACUUUGCGGACAUCGAUGCCGUCUGUUCGACGCUCGGUUGGAUGGAUGGCGAUGUGUACAAGAUGGAUCCGGAAGCGGUACAGGGCUUGAAGCAUCUGAUUUGGAUACUGAAGCAGGACAGACCUUCCCACGAAUGCCGUCGUUACAUCGGUGGCAAACGUAUCGUACAGACCGAUCUAAUACCAAUGGUUAUCAGCAAUUUCGACAAGCCGGAUGUGGUCGAUGUACUGUUACGACUGCUCGUCAAUCUGUCCUUUCCGACGCUGCUGCUGUACAACGGAAACUAUCCGCGCGAUGCAGUGGAGCAGAGAAAAUUCAUCCGGCUCAUAGAGAUUUGUGAGGAGUACAAGGAAGCGUUUUCGUUGAAAAGCUUCUGGUCGGUGUUGGGUGAUCGGUUAGAAAAAAUUCUCCGUACGGAUUGGGCAUUACGUAGCGAAGCAGACGGGCUCAUUAUCGAACGUAUCCUGGUGUUGAUUCGAAAUGUGCUUCAAGUUCCGACGAAUGUGGAAAGAGAGAAGCGCUUUGACAAUGAUGCCAGCCAGCACGAUUGUUUGCUGUGGGCGCUACAUCAGGCAGGUAUACUGGACAUCAUUCUGUACAUUCUUGGUUCGCCGCAUGAAAAUCGUUUCCUCAUACAUACGCUCGAGAUCUUAAGUCUUGCCUACCGCGAGCAAACGGCAGUUCAUCUUGCGGAUGCGACACUGCAGCGCACCAACAUCGAGAAGAAGACGGAUGAAUUACUGUUGAUAAAAGCGAGACAACCAUCGGCAGCAACGACAGCCGCACGCAGAAAACCUAACUCAAUGCGCCAUUCGUGGUUCCGCGGUACGUACACGUACAAUAAUUUGAAAUCCAUCUCAGACAGUGACGCGGUUUGCCAUCAGUCGUUGGGCAAGAUAAUACGAAUGGAGUUCAGUGCGGAGAAGCAUCGCCAGAAGGUAUCUUUCCGGCAGGCCAAAGAAAAUGAAACGAUCGAACGGAAAAGCAUCUUCUCGGUGCGUCUGUUUCUGCGCGAGUACUGUAUGGAGAUACUGCGUGUGUACAACAAUAUGGUGCGACAGGCAAAGCGCCAUCUAGACCAACAUGGCACGAGCGUUUCGGAAUUCCAUGAUGAUUCGUAUCUUCUGUGGGCCAUACGGUUCUUUCUCGAAUUUAAUCGACACUGUGGGUUUAAGAUUGAGCUUGUGAGCGAAUCGCUAAGUAUUGACGCUUUCCACUGGAUCAUAGUGCGUAUGGAAACGUAUAUAGAAAACAUUACUGCGGAUAAAACGCGCAAAUCGAUCUGGGCACGACGACUUCAUCUGACUGUGCAGACGUACCGGGAGCUGUUAAACAAUAUGUAUGCACUGGAAAAAAACAAGGAUCCUAGCGCAACUGAGCUGCUGUCCGUACUACAAAAUAAUAUUUUUUACGUCAUGGAAUAUCGCGAAAUGGCUGUACAUUUGUUGACAAACUUCAAAGAAACCAUCCAUACGAGAGCGUUUAUUAGGGAUGUUGUCGAAGUCGCCCAUCUGUUCUUUAACAUGUUGCAACGGUUCUGCAAGGGUACGGUGCGAGUACAGCAACGGGUCAAACCAAAGCGCAAGAAAACGGCCAAGAAACAAACCAGAAAGGAAAAAUCUAUUGAAGAACAGGAAAAUGCGGAAAUUCUAUGGCUGCAAGAGGCACCAACUGUUGCAGCACUGUUGGAAAACAGCGAGCUGAAACAAAGUGAUCUUCCAACACCAUUCGACGCGGCAUCGUCCGUUCCAGUUGACGAACAAAAGGGGGAAUGUGUGAAGCGCAUCCACGUACUACUUCGCGAUAAACAGUACGAGCAAGCAAUUAAAAUGUUGUACGCCGCAAGAUCGGUUUGGACGUUGGAUGAUUGCUUCGGCAAUGAGACUUCUAGCCCGGAUGAAGAUUUAAUAACACUACGCGACAUAUUUACCGCAAAUCUGUCCUCUGAAGUUGAUCAAGAUGAUAACGGUGAGGAUGACUUACCGAUCGAUUCAGAAGACGAAGACGAAAUAGAAGCAUCGGAAAGACACGUACGUAGUGCGGAAAAAGAUUUCAAAUUUGAAGACUUCUCCAAAAGACUCGUAGAUCAUAGAGUAGUGUAUGCAUGUACUACCGUCUUACACGAUUGGGAAAAGAUUAAGACACCCUGUCUGAAGGCGGCCGUCACACUGCUAUACCGGAUUUGUGUUGAGCAUAAAAUGCCGUCUUUGCUGUUCCAGGUUUCUCUUCUACGUGUAUUCCAGGCUGUGUUGAAUGCACCCGAUGACGAUCAUGCACGUGAGUUGCGACGAUUAGCCAUCCACACAGUGCGCCAACUGCAGCAAAAGGUCCUAACCGGUGCGGCUGACGAUGGGGGUUUGCUGUUUGCCGAACUGCUCUUUGCUAAAUCGAUGCGAAUUGCAACGGCCAUGGAAAUUGGCUAUGAUGAGGUGUUCCAGGAUUCAGAUAGGCGAUCGGAAGCUUCCAAGAAGGCUUGGACUGAAGAGCAAGAGGAAGAACUACGAAGGCUGUUUAUGGAAAAUCAAGAAAAUCCUCGCACAGAUCAAGAUGUUAUCGAUUGGCUGCUGGAAAACCUCAUCGAUCAAACGCGUACGCGUCGGGGAGUAAUGAAAAAGCUAAGGGAACUGGGGCUUGUCUUUAAGGCCCCUACAAAACGGAGCAAUGCAAACCGACAGCAACAGGGCGGUGGCUGGACGGCAGAAGAAGAUGCGAAACUUGGCGUGCUGUAUGAGGAGCUACGUUUGGAUAAAAAUCCUCUCAAGAGCAUUGCGGAAGGGUUCGACAAAAAGUUUACUAAACCCGCCAUCGCACGUCGCAUGGUUAGCCUCAGGCUGAUUGCGGAUGUGUCCGAGAUAAUGCCAACAAAGCGUAACAAGGAACGGCGUGGCAGCUAUGAAGAGGGCAACAGCAAUGGUUCGCAGAGCGAUGAAGGCAGUGAGGAGGGUGAAAUUGAUGAGGAGGAAGAAACCAGAGGAAAGGGUGUACAACAAUUAAACGAACAUGAAGUUAAGAAGCAGCUUAGAGCGCUUGGUACCGACAUGAAAGAGGCCGUCCAGUGGAUCAUCACAUGUUUCGGCGAUGUGCUCGAUCUGUACGAAGAUUCCGAUCCUUCGGAAGACUCCGAGGGCGGUAUUCCGAUUGUACCGAUAGCACCGCAUCAAACUGAUGCUUUGAAAAACGCAGAAUUUAAGCGUCUGUUGCGAUUGCUAGGCGUGAUGGACAGUGGCAAACAGUUUAUGUAUCAUCGCAUACCUUUUACAAUGACACCGGAAGCUAUAAAAAGACGAGUCGAAAUACUGACCGAAUAUUGUGAGGGUUCUAUUACGCUUACACCGGAAAAGUCAGACCAUACAGCGAAGAAAAGAAAUUUGUUCUCGUCCAUAGUUGAUUCAGACGAUGAUCUGGAUACUUCUAUUUCGGAAAUGUCAUUAAUGCAAAGUCGCAAAAACGACGGAAACGGAAAACCCAACCAACUCCUCGCAGAAAACGAACGACGAUCCAUGUCACCGCUAAUGGUGUCGGAAGAUGAUCUUGAAACUGAUCUCACUGCUGACCGACCAGAAAGCACACGAACUGCUUCUGUACCAUUAGCAGUGUCAGAGGAUGAAUCCAAUGGGACAGAUCAUGCCGCGAGUGCCCUUUCCACCAAACGUAACCGGUCGGACUCAUCCGAUUCUGGAGCGGAUAUGCCGGUGGUACAUAGACGCAAAAAGGUCAAUCGUUUAAAGGUUCAGAAAGUACAACCAGAAAAGGAACGAAUGCUGGUGGUUUCUGAAGAUGACAGCGAUACGAUGGCCCCAAAGCAAUCAGCCUCACGACUUGUAAUGUCGGACGAUGAGUCCGAUAAGGAGUCUUCAAUGGGAAUAACCAAGGAGAUGCCCUCCCAAUCGGAGAUACCGCAGGAAGAAAGGAUUGCAGCACAGAAGGUGCGCAGAAGGGCCGUCAUCAGCAGCGAUGAGGAGUGA